UUUUUAGCAGUUUUUUCCUUGAAAUAAUUUCGAAGUUCCAUUGGAAACCUCUCUCCCUCUCGCUAGGAUUCUUCUUUUUGUAGCCUUUCGGUGCUUAAUUUCAACACCUUUCAUUCUCUUUCUUCACUUUCCUUCCUCGUAAUUCUCAGAUUUUUGUUCUUCCUUACUUCGAUUCCAUGGUCUCUUCAAAAUGCUGAUGUUCCUCACCGGAAAAAGCCUGAAAAAAACCUGCAAUUUCUGACUCUUUUGUUCCCCAAAUUCGUUUUUCCCAACCUUUUGAUUUUGCUGAUUUGAAUUCCAAGAAGCUCUAACGCUAAUGGCGAUCGAUGUUUGCUCUGAGAUUUCCACAGUAGGAAUCAGUCCCAGAAUCUCGUUUUCUCAUGAUCUGAACCAAACAGAUUCGUUGCCUUCUUCUAAUUUCGAUCGCGAUCGUCUGGAUUUGAGUCUUCUCGAAUCCGAUUUCGAUUUCUGCAUUGGUAAUCUUCUUCGGCAAGAUCUCUCCUCCGCCGAUGAACUCUUCUCCAAUGGCAAAAUCCUCCCCAAAUCGAUCGAGCCAAACAGAGAGAUUCUUAAACCUAACCAAUCUCCUCCUCUAAUUCCUCCGAUUCCUCCCGAUCCAUCCAGAAACUCAGUCUCCUCCGAGAAGAAGAGCCUUAAAGAGCUUCUAUCCGCCAGUUUCGACGGCGAUGAGAAACCGCAAUCGAAAUCCUUCUGGCAGUUCAAGCGAAGCAGUAGUCUCAAUUGCGAAAGCUCCAAGAGUAGAAGUUUGAUUCGAUCCUUGCAUUUUCUCUCCAGAAGUAAUUCAACUGGUUCCACUUUGAAUCCGAAACAGCAAUCGGUUUCUAAGGAGAGACCGAAUUUGCAGAAACAGGCUUCAAUUUCCAGUAGUAGAAGAUCAACUUCAUCCUCAUCUUCAUCUUCUUUCUCCAACUCGUAUUUUGUAAAUUCGUGUUCUCAAAAGCCUUCAAUCAGGAAGAAUUUGGGACCGAAUAAUGGCAAUGGAGUUCGAAUUAGUCCUCUUCUCAAUCUUCCUCCGCCAUACAUUUCCAAAGUAACUGUCAGUUUUUUCGGAUUUGGUUCUCUGUUUUGUAAUGGUAAGAUUAAAAAGAAAAAGAAAUGAAAGGAAAAAAAAAAAGCAUCUCUAUGCUAUGUUCAUAAAAUUCUUCUUGCUUGAAACCGAUUCUUCAAGUACAGAUUUAGAUUGAUUUUAUGUCUCCAUUAUUUCUGUUUUUCAAACAUGUGAUCACUCUCUGCAAAUUGGAACAAUCAGAGAAAUCGCAUUAUAUUAUUUUGAA